GCAUACAUAAUAUUAAUAUUACUCCAAAAGCAAUCCGCUGACAAAUAGCAGCUCUCAUGACGGUCACGAGUUUAGUAAGUAACGCAAUCUGUUUAAACUUUCUUUGUUGGCUGUCGCUCUCAUUCGAUCCACAAAAUGGCACGAAGACGCUUAGAAGGGAAAGAAAUCCUAGUUACUGCCGCAGCACAAGGCAUCGGCCGUGCUGUCGCCGAAGCAUUCGCCGAGGAAGGAGCCAAAGUUUUAGCCACCGACAUCAAUGGCGAGAAACUCGCCGAGCUCGACUCCAUCAAAGGAAUACGAACCAGGAUCCUUAAUGUAACAGACUACGAUGCGAUAAAAGCCCUCGCCAAAGAAUUCUCAAAGCUCGACGUGCUUUUCAACUGUGCAGGCAUCGUGCACGAUGGAACAAUCCUAGACUGCGAGGAGAAAGAUUGGGACCUCUCGUUCGAUAUCAAUAUUAAGAGCAUGUAUCGAAUAACAAGGCAAUUUCUUCCGAUCAUGUUAGCACAAGGUGGAGGGGUCAUCAUAAACAUGGCGUCUGUGGCUUCAAGCAUCAGGGGGGUACCCAACCGUUUCGUUUACAGCACAACAAAGGGUGCGGUGAUCGGCUUCACAAAAUCUAUCGCGUCCGACUUCGUUACUCAGGGAAUUCGGACCCAUGUCAUUUGCCCGGCCACGGUGGACACCCCAUCUUUGCGGGAACGAAUUAACAGUGCCCCAGAUCCUGAAGAAGCUAUGAAGAAAUUCCUUGCCCGCCAGAAGCAAGGGCGUCUUGGAACACCUGAAGAAAUCGCCAAGCUGGCCGUGUUCCUGGCGUCAGAUGAGGCACCUUACAUGACGGGGUGCGAGCACAUCAUUGAUGGGGGAUGGAUGCUGGCUUAGAUGGUCACUCUUAAAAUAUAAUACUGCGGGCUCAAGUCUUCUAUAAUAAUGACCAAGUUCGAGGUCAGUAGAAGCCAAUGACCAGCAGUCUAAAUGCCCCUUUUAUAAAUUAACAAAUAGGCAAUUAACUACAGUGUAGCCAUUGUUUGCAGAGUUUCUCUUCUUAAUUUUUGCUAAACAUAAUUCAAGGUUGUCAUUAAGUUUUAAUUCACCUGUAUCCUAGCUUGAUCCUCAAAUUUAAUUCACACCGAACUCAUGCGGUGAAGUUGUGCCAAGUCUAACCCAUAACAAACUAAGUUGUUACUUUAUGGGUGAAUCAACAACAGGUAAGUUCACUCACAGCAUCAAGGGCCAUCGUGCAUACGCAGGUGUAACAGGUGUUACAGGUUAUGACCCUCGUGGUCCUUUAUUGACAGCCCUGAUAUUAAUAUGACAAUUCUACUAUGUCAGGGCUUAAUCAAUAAGGGCCGUAAAUUGUAACACCUGUUACGGCUGAGUGUGCUUGAUUUUCCUUAGAUGCUACAGGUGAAAUUGCCUGUUGUUGAUAGAAUUCAACCACAGAGUAAAAAGUUUGCUACAGGUGUGGAGAAUGAGGCUACAGGUGACUCGAAACUUAAUGACAGCCCUGCAAGUGAUUCAUACAUUAAGUAAUUAUAUAAACUUAAUUGUGUAAUUCAGUCUGACCAAAGAGGCUGCAAAGUUGGCAGGAAUAGGUUGAGUUACUGAUAGUCUCUGCAUUUGGCUCAAUAAUGGCACUCAGAGUUAAUAAUUAUUAGUUAUGGAAAAAAACACUCAAGCAAAUUAAGAACUGGGCUAUUAAUAAUAAUAUUAUUGUUUCUUGCUAACCUUUCAACUUUCGCUGAAAUAAAAUUCCAGGUAACUUGAUUAGGGUAAAAAUAUUGUAUUGGUGAAAUUUUAUUUUGUGAUCUGAAGUGAAUAAACAAGCAAAGACAUUAUUAUACUCAUGCUCUGACUGGGUGACUGCAUGUUUUAAUUUAAUACCUCAUAACACACUUCUCUCCAUGAUAUCAUAAAGGAAGUAUAAGGCUGGUUUACAUUAUUUUUACACAGCCAGUAAUGGUUGUUCAAGUCUUCAAUUAUACUUAGGUGAUUCUGGGCAACUCCGUAAGAUACUGUGACACUCAAAUUUGGAAUCAGGAGAAUUGAGUUGGGAAGGGACAGUGCAUGUGAUCCUUCUUAUGAGUCUGGUCACUCAUAGACCAUCAACCCUGACUUGCCUGCAAUGGCUUGGCUGCAUGCAAUCAGUCUUUUCAGUCCACACAUUUUGUCUGCGUUUUAAACUCUGGUAAAACAUGAUUUGUUAGCCUAUCAGAGUAUACACCAAGCUUUUAACAGGAUUGUAGCUAGCUUACAUUACAACAGUUAACAAUGACACUAUAUUUUGAAUUAAAGUUAUGAAAUGUUUGCAACCUUGUAA